AUGUCUUCUUCAAGUAAUAUCGACAAUAAUGAAAUGAAUUCGGAUCAAACAGCACAAGCGUCUUCUUCAUCAUCAUCAUCAUCAACAUCAUCUCUGAUCCGAUCAAGUCUACUCGAAUAUCUCACAGAUCCUCAGCUAACACAAAAUACAGAAUUAAAAGCAAGAUUGAGACAUGGAAAGCCUCAAGCUCUUCUUGUUCUGUUGCUUCAUUUCCUCAUGUUGAAGCAUGGAUUUCGGUGUGUGGGCUUGCUAGAAACUGAUCCGAACACAGAAUUGUCUGAAGGAAAUAUUUUACCUCCCCAAGGUUUUGAUCAAAAUCCCGAAAUGUUCUCUCUCAAAUACAAACAUUCCCAGAGAACAUUUACCUUUUCAUUGAAAGUAUUGAUGAUGGGACAAUCUAAAUUAUUGGUUUUUGCAACAACAUUGCUUUUCCCUAAUUUAGAUAUCAAUGAUAAUAGCAAUGUUAAUAUGAGUCAAUAUUCAAAACAGCAAGAGCAAGAAGAAGUUUACCAGUUGGAGCUGAAUAAUUUAUUUGAUUUUAUUGAUCGAGAGAAAUUAUCAAACUGCACCGACAAUGAUUUGGACUUUGCCUCUAUUUACAAGAACUUGCAAGAUUUAGAAUUUAGAUUUAAGACAACCAUUCAGAAUAAGUUAGUUCCAAAAGAAGGUUAUGAAACUGGUAGUAGCAGUAGUGUUAGUAGUGGCAGUUCUCAACCAUCUUCAUCCAUUUCUGUUGAAAGACCUAGUGCAGGUAGAUAUCAACCUCCUAGAUCACUUCUCGACGAUGAUUAUGAUGAAAUUGGACAUGACCCGCUUAGAAUUGGUCCUCCAAUUCGUUCUGGAUAUAUUCAACCACCUCAUGGUCAUCCUUAUCGUGUUGGAGAUGAAGAUCUCUAUCCUGGUCUUGGAGGGCUUCCUCAACCUUUCCCAAGAGGUGGUGGUGGUCUUCCUUUCGGAGGUGGUGGAAUUGGUGGUGGCGGCAGCAUGGUAGGUCCAAAUAAUCCAAUGUUUGGAGGACGUGGAAGGCCAUUGAUGCCUGGUGGAGGUAAUCCAUUUGUGCCACCUGGAGCGAGAUUUGACCCUAUCUAUCCAAAUGCACCACUUGGUGGAGGAAGAAGUAAUGGAGGAGGUAGAGGUGGUAAUGUUGGAGGAGAACCAAACCCUGAUCAUCAUCGACCUCCAAGAGAUUUGGAUGAUGAUGACGAUUUUCAUUCCCACUUUUACAUGUAA